AUGCCUAGCAUAGUUUCGUUGGGGUCGCAGGGCGGUGCCAGUGAGGGCUGUCUUCGCAAUGUUUCCCUUCGUCUCCGGGCCAUCCAUCUUCCGCCUGGCGACACAUUAAUCCACGCUGGCGGCCUACUCUCCACGCUCUAUUAUGUGGCUCGUGGCAGUCUCGAGGUACUCGACUCCGAUGGCAGCAUCCUCGCGGUCUUAAACGCUGGUGACAUGAUCGGCGGCCUUGCACCCAUCGUCGCAACGACGACGUCUACUGCUGCUUCAUCAGCUGCUUCUCGGUGUCCAGGCAACGGCAUAGGCGUCCGCCAAGAGACGGCGGCUGGUACUGUGAAUACAGGAAAGAAUGACCGUAGCGCCACAGCAAUAGCGGCAGCCUCAGAGUUGCCGAAUGUCAUAUCGGCUUACCUCUCCACGAAUGGCUGUGUGACAAGACGCUGUUGCCGCGGCGAUGCCAGCCUUCAUUGUUCUGCUGCCUGUGUGGGCCCUAGAGACAGAGGCGUAGCAGCCAAAAAAGAUGAUUUCUAUGCGGCUUUUUCACGACCAGAGAUUGUAUGA